UCUCCUGGCCGACGCUGGUCACGCAAAGACCACCUAAUCAUCCAACAGCAGAGCAGAGCAGAGGAGGCACAACCAGCAGCUAGCGACAUACAACAACCACAGCAGUCCCCUCAAAGAAGAAGAAGAAGCAGCUAGAGCCUAUACGCACGUACGUAUGGGGAACUGCGCCGUGACGCAGCAGGCCGUGUCGUGGGCCGACGACGGCGAGUGGGAGCCAUCGCCGUCGUCGUCGGCGGAGGACGAAGGGGUGCAUGAAGAUCGGCACAUGAACGAGGUGACCAUCAGGAUCAGCAAGAGGCAGCUGCAGGAGCUGAUAGACAAGAGGGGCGCCGACGACGGGCAUUUCAGCCACGUCUGGAAGAGCCGGCGGCCGGCGACGUCGGAGCUUCUGGCGGACAUCAUGAACGCCGGGGAGGUGCACCACCAGAUGCACUGCAGGGUGGCGCAUUGGAAGCCCGCGCUGCAGAGCAUCCCGGAGGCCGCGGCCGUCGAGUCAUGACGCAUGGUUUCGAGUCUCUUUCUCGGUUGCUUCUUUGCAGUGUCUUUAGAUAUAGGACACAGCUUUUUCGUAUUAUUCUUUUGUUCGGGUGCAACGAACAAUGUAAAUUUGUAGGGAAAAAGUGCUGGUGUGUGUACACUGUAAAGGAGAUGUGCUGUACAGGCAAAAGGUUCUUUCUUUCUUUAUGGAUUAUGGAAGGAGUUUCAGCUUA